AGCAAAUUCAAUGAAAUCAAUUUUAAAAAAGCGUGAUAUCCAUCAAAAUGGUACAUCAUCACCGAUGAUUCAUCGUAGUGGAUCAAAUUCCGCCGAUGACUGGUCAUCUAAUCGAGCUGCAACACCAGCAUUCCCGGUACGUCGUGAAACACCUCAACCAUUUCAUCCACUUUUAUUUGAGGGUGCAAAAGAUGUUAUGCCACCUGUACAAUCAAUUAAUAACAUCACUUACAG